UGCGCAGUAAUGCAGCCGGAAGUGGAACUGCGAAGAAGAAUAACAGAUGAGCUGAGCAGGCUAGGAAGUAAUGGGUGAAGAGAGCUGUUAAACUGCGCCCUGUGGAGAAUCCGAAGAGUAUUACAAAUAUGUCUAGAAGAGCGAAGGAAGAGUAUAACCGGUUCUACACAGUCACAGAUCAUAGGACGCAUGAGAAAGGCUACACAGAGUACAAAGUCACUGCGAAGAUUGUUUCAAAGAAGAAUCCAGAUGAAUGCAAGCAGAUUGUUGUUUGGAAGCGAUAUAGUGACUUCAAGAAACUUCACAACGAUUUGUCGUAUAUCCAUAGAAAUCUUUUCAGAGGAACAGAAGAAUUUCCACCUUUUCCAAAAGCCCAGGUUUUUGGUCGCUUUGAUGCUGCUGUCAUUGAAGAACGAAGGAGUAGUGCAGAGAACCUGCUAAAGUUUACUGUAAACAUUCCUGCCUUGUCCAAUAGCCCACAGCUGAAAGAGUUCUUCAAGGGUGCUGAUUCUCAAAAAUCCUCUGCAUCAGGCUCAUCUGAUGUACAGACAUUGCCACCACCGUUGGUACCUGUUCCUAUGAAUGCCAGUAAAAAAGAUGAACAACAUGACAACCUUCAACCCUUUGAAUAUUCAGAGCACUUACCAACACUGGAAGGGUGUGAAGAGCUGUAUGAUGAGGAGCCUGAAACAGCAGUGUCAGCACUUGAUGACUUUCUAGAUGAGUUUAUGUCAGACAACUCUUGUGAAAAGGAGGAAGAAGAGAUGAAGAACCCUGAAGGUACAGAUGCUAUUCUUUCAAAUAGCUGUGUGGCUGAAAAUAACCCCACGGUCGCUUGCCAUGUUGCAGAAGCAGAAAGGGAUGACAAGUUGGCUCGAUUUGAUCCGUGGACUGUAUCUGGUAAUAACACUUUUGACAAAAAGUUUGAAGAUUUGAAAAGACUUAGAAUCAAGGAGACUUCUUUGUUUUAUGACAUACGUUUGUUGGAAAAAUAUGUUGAACUGUCCAUUACACCUAGAGGGCUAAGGAUUGAUAAACUUCCUGCUUUCAAGUUUUCAGAGGACAAAAGUGAUUAUUUGGAAGAAUGGAAGGCGGUAUCGUUACAGUGUACUCUCAGCUGGAUAAAGAUCCUGAUUAAACGUAACCGGAGAAGCUUAGGGUUAAUCCAAGCACAGAUUGCGGAAGGUGAGGCCAGUUUAUCCAAUGAAUACCCUAAUACAGCAUUCAUUACGGCCAUAAAAGACAUUAAUGAUGAAGUUUCUAAAGUCGAAUGCAAUGUCAUUGUGAGGAAAAAGAAAAAACUCAACAGGGAUGUCAGCGAUUUUAAAGAAUUUGGUCUACUCCUGGCAGCGUAA